AUGGCGAAAAUAGCACAAGUAGUGAUGCCUGAAGGGUCACGUUACCAGCUUCUCCUCUCAUGUCCUUCCGGCCUCUCUCUAUCUCAGGUCUCGGUGGAUUUCUCGAAAUCUCAUGAUCGGAUUCAACAUCCCGAUCACGAUCUUGAAGAUUCUAUUGGGCAGGCUUGGGAGCAGAGAACACAGGGAAAUUCAGCAUUGUUUAAUGGCCAAAAAUUCAGAUUUGGAUCAUUAUGUUUAGAUGGUGAUGCUGGUACCGACGAAGUGUCACACGUCUGCCUUCGCCUUGGCCUGACAGAUUACAGGACUUUUGUAGGAACGAAUUUGAGCUCUCAGUGGGAGAAGUUCCUUGUUACAUCACAAGAUGACUGUGUAAGAUGUCGACAUACCUCAAGUCCAUUGGGUAAUGCCGCGGUUAUUGAGACUUCUGACCAGAAGAUUAUUGUGUUACGUCGGAGUGAUAAUGUUGGGGAAUUUCCAGGUCACUACGUAUUUCCUGGUGGCCAUCCAGAGCCAAUGGCAGUAGGAAUUGAUUCUCACCAGCUUGAAAAAGAUGGAGAGGUUUUAAAAAAGAAGGUAACUCAAGAAAUGUUUGAUAGCAUUACUCGUGAAGUUGUGGAAGAAACUGGGAUACCAUCAUCAUCUCUUAGCACUCCUCUCUUUAUUGGAAUAUCUCGGAGGGAGUUGAAUGUGAGGCCAGCUAUGUUUUUCUUCAUCAAGUGUAGUCACCAUUCAGAUGACAUUCCGAGACUAUACUCUAGUGCUGAAGAUGGGUUUGAGUCAACACAGCUCCACACUGUCGCUUUGGUUAGUUGA